AUGACCCCUCUUCGCCGCAGCUGCAGCAGAGCGUCCAGCGGCUUCUUCUCCCUCGCCCUCCUCCGCAACCAACGUCUGCCUCCAGCUUUUCCUCCAGUUUUCCCUCCAGCUUCAGCUUCAGCGUUACGAUCACCGUCAAAGUCUCUCCAUCGGCAUUUCUCGAGUAGUGGCAGCAAGCUGAACUCCGGAGCUAUGGAUACCCAGACGAAGCACCAGUACCUGGCCGACUCUCCGCCGACGAUUGUGAGGCUUGAGAUACGGCCUCACUUUGAGGCUCUGAAGGACGAGAAGCUCAAGAGAUACUCUCAUUUCAUCAGCAGGGCUGCUUUCCAGGGAACCAGAAUCACUCUCCGUCAAGUCUCCCCCGAAUCCGAACCGAUAUACGACCUUAUAAUAUCUCUCUACAACUCCUGCAAGGGAGACUGGAAGGGAUUGGCUGCAAAGACAAACACAAGCUCUGAGAACCUGCAGUUUUUCCUCGAGUAUGCCGCGCAGUUCCUGGGGAACUGUGGAAACUACAAGGGGUUUGGCGACUCCAAGUUUAUCCCCAGGAUCCCGUCUGAUGCUUUCGAGGCUCUGGCUUCGGGCUCGCCGGAGACGAAGAAGCUUUUCGAGCUUGCGUGCAAGACCGGAGGGGGAAUAUACGAGACUGCCUCGCCAGAUCUGAUGCAUCUGGGAUACCCCGAGAAGGGCCAGAUGACGACUUAUUACCCGGAUUCUCCAACGAUUAUCAAGGAAGAGAUCACUUUGAUCGGUGAUUUCCUAGAGAAAAAGCAGCUUCUACUGGAAAACACGAGACUCAGAAAGACCAAGGAGGGUAACUUUGAGCUGUUGAUUGCGUCGGCGGAGACAUCGCCGGCUGGCAAGGACAGAGAUGUUGGAGAUGUUCAGGGAUGGGAUCUUGAAGGCAAGCUUGCCGGCAAGAAGCUUACGCUUGUGUACGGUGACUAUUCCGAGAUCAUGAAGAAGAUUGCAGAGAGCAUCAAGCAGGCCGGCGCGAACUCGGCAAACGAGAUACAGAAGAAGAUGCACGAGGAGUACUUCAAGUCGUUUACCACCGGGUCGAUAGAGGCCUACAAGGAGAGCCAGCGUUACUGGAUUCGGGAUAUCGGCCCCAUGGUAGAGUCCGACAUUGGCUUUGUCGAGACCUACCGCGACCCUCACGGCGUUCGAGGCGAGUGGGAAGGCUCUGCAGCAAUGGUCAACCUGGAGCGGACCAAGGCGUUCAGCAAGCUGGUUGAGAAUGCCGAGAAGAUGAUCCCCAAGCUGCCCUGGGGCAAGGAAUUUGAGAAGCAGACCUUCUUGAGUCCCGACUUUACCUCGCUCGAAGUGAUGAGCUUUGCAGGCAGCGGCAUCCCCGCUGGGAUUAACAUCCCCAACUACGACGACAUCCGCCAGAACCUGGGGUUCAAGAAUGUGUCCCUGGGCAACGUGCUGAGCGCAAAGGCGCCUAACGAACCAGUCCCUUUUAUCCGCGAGCAGGACCUGAGCCUGUUCCGUGAACACCGCGACGCCGCGUUUGAAGUGCAGGUAGGUAUCCACGAGCUGCUCGGCCAUGGCACGGGCAAGCUGCUACAGGAGACCAGCCCCGGCAAAUACAACUUUGACGUCUCCAACCCGCCGGUGAGUCCGAUUGACGGCAAGCCCAUCUCGACCUGGUACAAGCCCGGCCAAACCUGGAGCUCCGUCUUUGGAUCGAUUGCCUCUUCGUACGAGGAGUGCCGGGCCGAGUGCGUGGCCAUGGCUCUGGGCUGCGACUUUGGCAUCCUGCAGCUGUUUGGCUUUGGCGAUGGCAAGGAGGACAUCAACGGCGUGGCAGGCGACGUCCUGUAUGCCAGCUACCUGCAGAUGGCACGCGCCGGCGUCGUCGCCCUCGAGUUCUGGGACCCCAGCAGCAAGAAAUGGGGCCAGGCACACAUGCAGGCGCGGUUCAGCAUCCUGCGAGUCUUCCUGGAGGCCGGCGACGACUUUGUGCGCCUGGUGCACGCGAAGGACGACCUCUCGGACCUGGAAAUCCACCUCGACCGGUCGAAGAUCCUCAGCCACGGCCGGCCAGCGGUCGAGCGGUAUCUCCAGAAGCUGCAUGUGUACAAGAGCACAGCAGACUUUGCGGCCGGCAAGGCGCUCUACGACGAGAGCACCCACGUCGACGACUGGUGGGGGACCAAGGUGCGUCCGGUUGUGCUGCAGAAGAAGGUCCCGCGCAAGGUCUUUGUGCAGGCCAACACCGUCCUGGAGGGCGACCGGGUGGUGCUGAAGGAGUACGAGCCGACGCUGGAGGGCAUGAUCCAGAGCUACGCCGAGCGCGACGUAUAA